AUGCACAAUACUAAUAGGACCUUCCAAGAUGGGUUCCGGAUGUGUAACUCGGCUAAUAUUGUCUCGGUCAAUAUCGCUUCCUCCGACUAUGGAUACCCGCUCAAUGUCUACGGCACCAUCAUAGCCAGGGACAGUCUGGAUCGCAAACGCGUCUACUUAUUCCAGCGUGCCAAGGACGAUUGCCAGAACAUCAGCUCCAAGAAUGAUCCGUUGGUUUUGACUGGCCCGAAGAGAGGACUGAUGAUAUUUGAUUCAAUAAUCUUUGAAGUUGAUCUGAAGGUUAAGGAUGUGAACGGCAGAAAGGUGAAUGACGAGAGGGUUAGCAAAGGCUUAAUGGAGAUUAAUGGCAUCUCCAGACUGUCAUUUCCAACGAAAUACAAGGUUCAAACAGAAAAGCUUGUCAGCAUGCACAGCACAUUGGAUUUGAACUACACGUUUGUAAGGAAGGCAGUGGAGGGCACCGUUGAGGUCAGGAUCCUUGAGGCGGAACCUGAUAAUUUCCAUGGGAGAAUCAUCGCUCGCACCAGCAGCUUUCCAUGUGACAUUAUGCUACAUGAUAGCAAACUUGCUGGGAUGCUGACAGCUGGUGAGGGUGGAGUCGUGCAAACAGCGCGCCGCGUGGUCAGUGUAUCGGUUGAUGAGACGCUGCUGUUGACUGUUGCCGUCGCUGCAGGUGGUGUCAGCACUGUCGAGUUCACUCCGAAGCGCGGUCACUUGGUCCAUUGUGCAUCGCUGAUUCCCUAUGUUCCUGGUUGA